UGCAACCUAGACAUGACUAAAUCCUAAUCUAUAUGAUGAAAAUGCACAUGAAUAAAUGGAUAAAACAAUGUAAAUAUGCAAGAUAUCAAUAAGAACAUUCACAAAACCGCAUAUGUGUACGUUAUUUAUUAGCAUUCAUUUGAUGUUGUGAAUUUGGAUGACAAACGGAAUGAACUUUAGAAAAAAAAGCAUGCUUUUAUCACAUGGCUUGUUAUGAGAGAUAGAAUGAUGACUAGAGAUAAAUUGAUCACUUGGGGGAUUGAUGUUCCUCCUACUUGCCUGCUAUGUGGUGUAGGCAAUGAAUAAACUGCCCACAUUUUUUUUUAGUGUGAUUAUGCUUCCAUUGUUUCUAGCAGAUUGUUUGAAAGGAGUGGGUUGCAGAUUCCAUCAAGACUUGAGGAGGUUGUGCGUUGGAUCAUUUCAUGUCAAGUAGAUGGAAAGUUUAAAACUGUUAUGAAACUUCUUUUUCAGGCUGCAAUUUAUUUUCUCUGGAAAGAAAGGAACUCCAGGUUACAAUCAUCACUCUUGCGGCCAUCACAAUUAAUUGUGAGAGACGUUUUUCUCCAGCUACGUGCAAAGCUCUUCUCACUGGAUAAGGAAGAAAAAAAUUCUACAGCUUCUCGGUCAAUUACUUCAGGAACCAUUUCAAACCAUCUCUCAAAACACACAUCUAUACCAUCUGGUUUAAUAGAGUGCAAGGAUAAAGAAGUUCGGAUAGCAGAGUAAUUUCUUGAGCCAUGAUCUUGCUUCACAAAAGUUUCAGAAAAUACUCCACUUGCUGUAAUUUAUUUUUUAAGAAACCAAUGAUGUAAAAACUUUCAAAUUUAUAAAUCAGAAUGGGUAUCCCAAAAAAAAAACUUUAGACAAAUAAGAAAUGAAGAGAAUCGAAAUUGAGACAGAACUCUUUUAAGUCAUUUUAUUAACUGACUGGUAACCAUUGAAGAAGCAUUAGGAAUGAAUAGGAAAAUAAAUAAAAUUGGGAAUGACGAGGAAUUAUGGUUUCUUAUCAAAAUUAACAAAGAACAAAUUUACAUUAUAAUUCUCUACAAAAAAGAAACGAGAGAGAAUUAAAAGAAAAAAGUAUUUCUCAUGAAUGGUAACUUUUUUAAGAAACAUUAAGGAAUGUAAUGUUUUUCUUCGUUCCCUUGGUUACCGGUCACACCAUUUGUGAAUACAGCAAAAUAAGCCUUAAGAACUCUUUUACAUAAGGGCAUGCACAUCGUUAGGUCUCUGACCAAGUUUCUUACAUAACUUAAUGAGUAAUAAUUACCAUUUAAGCAAAAAGAAAGGGAGAAGCGAACAAUCAGCUUUUCCUAAAGAGACGAAAGUCUCUGAUAAAGAAACGUUUCACCCAGGUGUCAUCAUUUAAGUGGAAAUUAUAAUUUACAUGUUAAAGUAUGUUUUCAGACAUUUAGAAGAGUUUCUUACCGCUGUAGAUGGCCUCAGGUGCAGAUGGCCUAAGGGCAUGAUUAAUCCUGGUCUCUUAGCCAGAAUUAUUAACUCAUGAUUUGAUAUUUUUUUAUACAUUUUUUUUUACACUUUUCGGUUAAGAGACAACUCUUAUAUAUCUUUUUUAAGAGACGGUUCUUAGCUUUUCUUAUGUAAGAACCGUCUUUUCGCCGAAGCUAAAAACCCCAGUUAAAAGACUGGGGCUAAUCAUGGUCUAACCAUCCGGCCCGUGAAACUUUUCCUCUUGGCUUGAGAAGAAUCCCAUUACUGUUGGUAAACUACCUAUAACUUCAAAUUGAAAUAUGUAAUCAAAAUCGUUCAAAGCGUGAGAUGAAGUAUGUGUGUUCCGGCAUAGUGUUUGCAGUUAACAAAUUUCCUAAAAAAAGUCGGCAUAUAUCUAUGUAUAUGCUGAUUGGCAAGUGGAAAAAUGAGGUCUACAUAAUCUCUGAGGAAAACGUGAUCAGAGAAUUUUCUUUUGCAUUGAAAUUUUUUUGACUCUUCGUACAUUUUAAGACAGAGACUAUAUUAGGAGCAAAAAAAAAGGAUUACUAGAUUUUCUAAAAAACUUAGCAAAUACGACACUUGAAAUGCACUCGGCUCACUAACUCAUGGAAGAAUUGGUAUCUCCUCCUCUUCAUAGCUAAUGAUCUGCUUGAUAAUGUCUGUUCUACCUCUUUUUAUCUCAUAUUAGUGUUUUCCUGACGUCGUUGUGAUAUCCUUUAUGAUCUCCCUCUUAACCAGAAUGGUGCUUACGCAUAAAGAAACCCAAAACUAAGCAUAAAGAAGAAAAUUAAUUUAGUAAAUCAAGUAGUAAAAAAGAAAAAAUAAGCGUGGUGAAGAAGAUGACAGAUUCGGAGUUGUGCCCGCAACUUGGCUGUGUACUCUCUCGGAUUCGGAAUCCGCUGCUCAUGGCUGUACCAAGUUUGUUGGAUCCGCUUCAUAAUUGACCGAAUUGCCCAUUUUUGGGGUUUCAAAUGGAAAAUCUUUUAAUUAUAAAAAAUUAUGAUGAAUAAAUUAAACAGAAAGAGUGAAAAGGAACAGAACCAAACUAUUGAACCCUCCAUCUAUAUGAUUAUAUCUUUUUAUUGAACGUAUUUAAUUAUUAAGCAAGUCAAGAAUAUUUGGACUUGAACUAGAAACUCUAAUAUGUUUUCCUACAAAUUAAUUAAUAAUCUGUUAGACUUAUUCUAUAAAUUGUCCCAUAGAACAUAAAUUAUACUGCAUCGUCCUUCUAAUGUAUAAAAUUAAGAAAAUAAUUACAUGGAAAUGUUUAGUUUUAUAAAAUAUAAAUGGUUUAUAUGUAGAGGGGCCUUUCACAGCAAAAACGGCCUUUCAAUAACUCGUGGGAAAAGGGAAAUGACAUCUUGUGGUUCGAUUUGUAGGCAUUAAAUGACAAGCUAAACUUCAUCUGACUAGAUCCCAACUUAGUGCAUAUAUGAUCAUCGCAGCUCACACUUAAACGGGAAAAAAAUCUUAAUUUAAUCACAAUGUUUCGAUAACCAGUGCAUCUAAUAUAGUUUUCUUAAGUUGUUUAUAAUACACAUUUAGAUUAGUUAGACAGGUCAACAUUCAUUAAGAAAUGGCUCAACUAUAUAUAAACCUAUAGAUGGAAGCAUCUAGGAUAUCACAUUUGACUAGCUCUAAGAAGGAUAAGUUUAAGCAGGAUUAACCACAAUUAACUGAAUAUGGCAAGUUUCAUCAAGUUAUGGGUUUGCCUUAUCUUGCUUCUACCCGAGCUCUCGGUGCAUCAAUGCCGGCCACUGGUUGGGGAAGAGAGGCCUUCAGAUUCGGGGAACAUAAGAAAGAUGAUGAGAGAACUUCUCAGAAGAUCAGAAGAGAUGAAGGUGAGAUCUAAAGGCGAGGAAACAGUCCUAGGCCAUACCCUUGAUUCAAAACGACUUAGCCCGGGUGGACCGGACCCUAGACAUCACUAAAACCGUGUGUAAUUGGUAUAUCCUUUGGUGAGGUUUUCACGCUUGUAACGUCAAUAGAGGCUUUGCAUAAGGUCUGUGGUGUAACACUAAGGUUUUUCUUUUUUUUUUGCUUAAUUGUAACCCUAAGGUUACCAUCUUAUUAACAUUGACAUCAAA